CAACACUAGUGUGUGGUCAGGUGACAGGGUCCAAUAUAAGAAUUGGGAAUCGCCCCCACGGUUUCUCCUCCACUGCUGCCAAAGAUCAGAUACAUCGCGCUUCAUUCUUCUAAUUGUAUCGUAGGAUCAAUUGUCUCAACGCGGAGCUACACUCCAAUUGGUUCAAAUCUGAUUUCAAAUCAUGUCCACCACGCAGAUCCCAGGCCUCCUCCGGCCCGUGGUUGCCCUCAAUGUCUGGACCUUUUUCAUGGAGAUCUGGAUGUACAAAGUACGCAUUCCAGUCUUCACCAAAUUGAACUUCCCGAAUACAAUCACGAAGCCUGAACUCGACAGAAUGACACCGGCCAACGUUCGGUGGAAGGCGGACAACUACAACCACCUCAUGGAGCAGCCCACCCAGUUUUACGCUAUCGCUCUGGCAUUGGCAGUGGCAGGUGAUGAUGACCCGGUGAACCUUUUCUUGGCGUGGUCUUAUGUGGCUGUCCGGAUUACCCACAGUCUGGUGCACUGUACGACCAAUCAUGUUAUGACGCGCUUCUCGACAUUCGUAUUUUCGUCGGGGAUUUUGAUGGCGUUGACCGCAAGAGCUGCGUUGCUGGUCUUCUGAUUGUUUGGAUGGAAGAGUUAUUGUACACAGUACAUACAGUUGGCUUGUCGCUUGAGGUCUGAGGAAACCUGUGUAGGCAAUGGCGGAUGUAGUAUAUAGAAUCUCAACUCUCAAUUCAAUCCACAAUGAUACAAUGUCCGUAUCGCACGAUCUCAUUACAACCUAGCGAUCGGCAAUCCAAUAAGCAGGUCCUGGGUAAUUUAAAUUGAGCCGAG